AUUGCCGUUUUUUCAAACAUCCGUCAACUUCCCGUGGUUGACGUUGGUGAAUCAACUAUGCCUAAUAGUGACUGUCCUGGUGCUCUGGUAUUAGAAGAUGGUUCGGUAUUCAAUGGCUUCUUGUAUGGUGCUAAGACUCCCCAGUCUGGGGAAGUGGUUUUUCAGACAGGAAUGGUGGGUUAUGUAGAAUCCUUGACCGACCCAUCAUACCAUUCCCAACUACUGGUACUAACGUAUCCAUCCAUCGGUAAUUAUGGUGUUCCAUCAUCGGACGAUGUUGAUGAAUACGGUUUGCCUAGGUGGUUUGAAUCAAGACAAAUAUAUGCCAAAGGGCUAAUUGUUUCUGAAUUGUGUGAAGAGUUUUCUCACUUUUCAGCAGUCAAGUCACUUAGUCAUUGGUUAUAUGAAAGUGGUGUUACGUGUAUAAGUGGAAUCGAUACGCGAUCCCUAACCCUGAAGCUUAGACAACAUGGUACGCUUCUGGGGAAAAUUAUUCCCCUUUCACUACACCCAGAAACAUUGGAUUGGAUUGACCCUGCUAAAAACAAUCUAGUUUCGGAAGUAAGCAGAACUGAUAUCAAAGUUUUCAACCCUCAUGGUGAUGUUCAUAUCGCUGCACUAGAUUGCGGCAUGAAGUUCAAUCAAAUACGUUGUUUUGUUAGGAGAGGUGCAAAGGUUACGGUUUUGCCCUGGUCAAGUGACUUGACUAAAACGGAAACAAAUUAUGAUGCACUAUUUAUUAGUAAUGGUCCUGGAGACCCUAUCCAAUGUAAGGGUAUUAUUGACCAAAUUCGAGGAUGGAUGACCACAAAAAAACCUUUAUUUGGCAUUUGCUUAGGUCACCAAUUAGUUUCUUUAGCAUGUGGCUUCAAAACAUACAAAAUGAAAUACGGAAAUAGAGGUCACAACCAACCUUGUGUUCACUUACCUACUGGACGCUGUUUUAUAACCAGUCAGAAUCAUGGAUAUGCAGUUGACACUAAAAAUAUUCCGGAUGGCUGGUAUGAAUUGUUUCGGAAUAAAAAUGACCGGUCAAAUGAAGGUCUUGCUCAUUACAUUUAUCCAUGGAUGACUGUUCAGUUUCAUCCCGAACAUAUGGCUGGACCAAGUGACCUGGAGUUUUUGUUUGAUAUUUUCCUAAGUUACAUCCGAUCAUCCGAUGGACAGAGUCUAAGUGAUCAUCUAACGAGGCACAUUUCCUAUAACCAGGAGGAAUUUGAAAGAGUGCUUUGCAGUAAAGACAAUAAACCAAGAAAGGUUUUGCUUCUAGGAUCUGGCGGGUUGUCAAUUGGUCAGGCUGGGGAAUUUGAUUAUUCUGGUAGUCAGGCUCUUAAAGCCCUUCGAGAAGAAGGUGUUCAAACGUUACUAAUCAAUUCGAACAUUGCAACUGUACAGACGACCGAAGGAAUGGCUGAUAAGAUAUUUUUACUUCCAAUCGCCCCAGAUUCUGUUGCCCGCGUUAUAAAAGCUGAGCGUCCGGAUGGUCUUCUAAUAGCUUUCGGUGGCCAAACUAGCUUGUCGUGUGGUCUCGCUUUGACAAAAGUUAGGUCAAGUUCUUUAAUUUUGGAUCUUAAAGGUGAAGAUUCAGGGGCAUCAAAUGUGUUGGAUUUAUAUAAUUGUCGAAUUUUGGGUACUUCCAUAUCUGCCGUUGAAAUAACGGAAGAUAGAGAACUAUUUGCAAUGGCUAUGCGGGCUAUAGGAGAAAAAGUUGCUCCAGCAAAUGCAGCAACCUCUGUACAGGAUGCGGUCAAAGUUGCAAAUGAUCUUGGUUAUCCUGUACUUGUACGUUCAGCCUUCGCAUUAGGAGGAAUGGGGUCAGGGUUUGCUGAAAACGCUACUGAACUAGAACGACUGGCUAGUAAAGCUUUGGCUCAGACGACUCAAAUUUUCAUCGACAAAUCCUUAAAGGGGUGGAAAGAAAUUGAGUAUGAGGUUAUACGUGAUGCUUACGACAACUGUAUUACAGUCUGUAAUAUGGAAAAUGUCGAUCCUGUAGGCAUUCACACUGGGGAAUCUAUUGUUGUAUCACCAAGUCAAACGCUCUCGAAUGUUGAGUAUUAUAUGUUACGAUCUGUUGCAAUUAAAGUCGCUCGUCAUCUACGGAUUGUUGGUGAAUGCAAUAUCCAGUUUGCGUUAGACCCACAUUCUUUGAACUAUUACAUCAUUGAAGUGAAUGCCCGACUGUCUAGAAGCUCCGCACUCGCUAGUAAAGCCACUGGUUAUCCUAUAGCCUAUAUAGCUGCUAAACUUAGCCUGGGCAGGAGUCUCCCAGAACUUACAAACAGUGUAACUGGUGGUCACACCACAGCAUGUUUCGAACCUAGUUUGGAUUACUGUGUUGUGAAAGUUCCUCGCUGGGAUUUAGCAAAGUUUUCCAGGGUGAGUCGCAAAAUUGGCAGCUCCAUGAAAAGUGUUGGUGAAGUAAUGGCGAUAGCACGCUGUUUUGAAGAGGCCUUACAAAAAUCUCUUAGAAUGACGAACGAGAGUGUCUCUGGAUUUGAUGGCUCACUCGAAGUUCCUGAUGAAGAUGAUUUAUCUGAUCCUACGGAUGUACGAAUCUACAAAUUAUCUGCAGCACUACGAUCCGGCUGGUCAGUCGAACGUCUUCACGCGCUUACUUCCAUAGAUCCAUGGUUUCUGUAUCGUAUGCGCUCCAUUGUUAACUGUGCGAAAGAGUUGGAAUCGCUACAUGACGGAGCUCUCCCAAAUGCUAUGAAGUUAUUAGAAUGUAUACCAACAACCGUUCCAGACAAGAGCUCCUUUCAUACCUUAGUGCGACAUGCGGAAAAAGUGAUGAUUGCUAAAAGGCUUGGUUUCAGUGAUUUCCAGUUAGCUCGUGCUUUACGUUCGACUUCAGUCAUGGUUCGUUGGUUUCGUAAACACCUUAACUUAAAGCCACUGAUCCGCUUAGUCGACACUGUGGCAGGAGAAUGGCCUGCAACUACAAAUUAUCUUUACACAACUUAUUCAGAUAUUCCAUUAGGAAAUAUUCAACAUUUACUCAAAUUCUUCCAAGACGGUCAAACAGAAACUUUAGUAUCACAGGAAAUGAUAGAUUUACUAUUAAAGUGCAUGACUGUGACCAAAAUUCAUGAUGUCUCACCUGAGCAAAAAUCAAGCAUUAUGGUUCUUGGCUCUGGAGUUUAUCGCAUUGGCUCUAGUGUUGAGUUCGACUGGUGUGCUGUCGGCUGUGUCAAAGAACUUCGACGCCUGGGAUGGAAAACAGUUAUCAUCAACUGUAAUCCCGAAACUGUAUCAACUGACUUUGAUAUGUGUGACCGACUCUAUUUCGAUGAACUAUCUCUUGAACGUGUUCUAGAUAUAUAUGAAUUCGAAUCACCCAUAGGUGUUAUCGUAAGCAUGGGUGGCCAAACACCAAAUAACAUUGCUAUGCCAAUGCAUCGUUUGGGUGUACCUAUUCUCGGCACAAGUGCUGAGUCCAUUGACAAUGCUGAAAACCGUUUCAAGUUUUCACGUUUGUUAGACUGUAUCGGGUUGUCACAGCCUAGAUGGAAAGAACUCACUGAUAUUGAUUCAGCCAAGGCCUUCUGUGAAGAAGUCGGUUACCCAUGUCUCGUUCGACCAAGUUACGUGUUAUCUGGUGCUGCUAUGAAUGUUGCAAACGAUCAUGAUCAAUUAAUUACAUUCUUGACUGCUGCAAAAAAUAUUAGUCCAGAACACCCAGUUGUUAUAAGUCAGUUUAUUUUGGAUGCCAAAGAAAUAGAUGUUGAUGCUGUUGCACAAUCUGGUCGCCUAGUUGCAAUGGCUGUCUCUGAACAUGUGGAGAAUGCUGGCGUUCAUUCGGGUGAUGCAACACUUGUCACACCCCCUCAAGACCUCAACGAAGAAACUCUGAAGCUUAUUAAAGAACUAGUUCGAGCUUUGGCAGAUGAACUCGAAGUAUCGGGUCCAUUCAACCUACAACUUCUUGCUAAAGACAAUCGUCUUUUAAUCAUAGAAGCUAACUUAAGAGUCUCCCGUUCUUUUCCAUUUGUAUCUAAAACACUAAAGUAUGAUUUCAUAGCCGCUGCUACACGAGCCAUUCUUGGUGCGGCACGUGAUUCCAUACAUCCCCCAUUUGAUACACAUAGCUCAAAGCCGGAAAGAUUGUCUCUAUCCAAGGCCUUUCUUGAACCAUCUGUCAACGUUUUGGAGAACACUGUAGGAUAUGUUGGUGUAAAGGUUCCAGUAUUCUCUUUCGCACGCCUUUUGGGUGCUGAUGUUUUGUUGGGUGUCGAAAUGGUCAGUACUGGUGAAGUAGCAUGUUUUGGUGUUGAUCGCUAUGAAGCCUAUCUGUUAGCACAAGCUGCUGCACUAUGUAAUACUAAUGGACUCCUUCCUAAACCAGGUGAUAAUGUAUUCUUAUCUAUAGGAAGUUAUCGUCAUAAAUUGGAAAUGCUUCCAAGUGUUAAACAGUUACACCUACUUGGAUACAAAUUAUACGGAAGCUGUGGAACUGCUGACUUCUAUCAAACUCAAGGCAUUUCGAUCAUCCCAGUUGAAUGGCCUUACGAAGAAUCAGAUAUAAGCAUUUUUGAUAAUAAAAUUCAAAAUAAUAUGGAUGCAAACUCAAAAGACGGUACAAUUCAGCAGUAUCUUAAAGAUAAACUGUUUUCAUUGAUUGUUAGUUUAUCAUUGAAAAAAGUGGGAUCUCGACGUCUUUCAGCAUUUGUUACACGUGGCUAUCAAACUAGACGUCUUGCCGUUGACACAAAUGUACCUCUUCUAACUGAUGUAAAACUGGCUAAACUUCUAAUAGAAGCUCUUUAUCGUUAUUUUCAUGGACAGAGUGCAAAUAAAACACUAAUAAAAUCUGACGACAACGACUAUAACGUAUAUAAACAAUCAUUCCUUCAUCGUUUACUUCCAUUGCAUUCAAUAACUUCCAGUCAAAUAAUCUAUUUGCCAGGAUUGAUCGAUAUUCACGUCCACACCAGGGAUCCCGGAAUGGAAUAUAAGGAGGACUGGACAUCUGUUACUAAAGCUGCGCUUGCGGGUGGUAUAGUAACUAUUUUAGCAAUGCCAAACACUGAUCCUGCAAUAGUUGAUGAAGAUACCUUUAACAUUAUGAGCAGAAAUGCAACAUCUAAGGCAUGUUGUGAUUAUGGUCUUUAUGUUGGCGCAUCAUCGGAAAAUGCUUCCACUAUUAGCUCACUGUCACAUAAAGCUGUUGGACUCAAGAUGUAUCUUAAUGAAACAUUUACUUGCUUAUCGUUAGGCAAUAAGCUUAAUAUUUGGCGUCAACAUUUUGAAGUGAGUAAGACGCAAUAAAGCUUUUUCUUCACUACGACUGACAGUAUUAGUACUGAAGCUCUUAUUAUCUAUAUUAUUUAAAUGUCGUACAAAUUUAGCAGAGUAUAUUUCAUUAUUCAGGAUAUUUUUUUAGGAAAACACGUUAAUUUAUUUGAUAUAUAAAUGACAAAUAACACUACAGUAAUCAUUUAUGUUUUUGGUGAAUUUUCAUUUUCUGAGCCAGAUGGUUUAUUCAUGGAACUUUGAUUGUUCUUCUGAACAACAUCAUUAGCAUAAAAUUCAAGUAGAGUUGAUGUAUUCAAAUUUCUUCACAGUCUAUUAGAACUCAUCGAUUUAUGGUUAACAAAAUAUUUUCAAUACAGCCAUGAAAUAUACAAACAGAUGAAAAGAACACCAGUUUCAUCAGCAAUAUCAGAACCUAUUGCAGAAGCAGUGAUGCAGAGGUUGGAAGCAUCGAAUUCACCAGUAAUCAAGCCGAAAAUGUGGAUUCUUUAUGUGGACGACACGUUCGUCAUCAUCAAUAAAGACAGGCUGGAAAACACCUACAGUUUGGUCAACAACGUAUUCGAUGAAAUAAAACUCACAACGGCAAAGGAGUCCAACACCAAACUAUCAUUCUCGAUUGUAUUGAUCACAAGAACCAACGCAGGGAAACUGGGGAUUAAUGUUUAUCGGAAACCAACCCAUACAGAUCAUAUUCUCAUUUGCAGUAGCAACAACCCGAUAACUCGCAAAAUUAACUUCAUACAAACGUUUUUCAAAAGGUUGAAAACACAACAGCACACUUAUAGAGCUGAAAAAUAAAGAAAAAUAUCUUUCAAAAGAGUGGCUAUCCACUCAGCUUCAUUAAAAAAAUGUCAACCCCAUUUCAUUGACCAGACUGAAAGCAAAUAUGGAAACCAACAAACGAAUAAUUCUACGAUAUGUAUAAGAAAUUACGAGAUUAUUAAAACCGUUUUAAAUAGAUGUAGUAUAUAAACCGUCAAAAUCACUGUAAUCAAUCUUAUGGCAAGCAAACCAAAGGAUGAAAUGGCAAAAAAAGUGAACAUCAACAAAAUGAACUAUUCCAACUAAAAUAAACACUACACCGAACAAAGUGGAGGUCCUCAUUAUCUUCCCCUGCAUGAACAUCAACUAGUGGUCAAACACCAUGAAAUGUAUUUGCUUAUUACUAUGGAUGUGGCCAAUCGUGGACACACAUUCGACUGAAAAAACACUGAAAUCUCGGAUAGAGCUGAUACUAAGAACAACAGAAAAUUUUUAGGAGCUUGGUACCCAGGUCGAUCAGCAAUCAACAAGCAUAUCGAAAUAAAUCCAAUUUACCGACCACUUAAAUAAAUCAUGGACAAACAUGGAAUCAAGAAUCAGACCAAAGGGGAAUACAAUCGAAAUAAAGAUGCAGACAAGAUGCAGGUUAAAGGUCAACAAUAAUCUUUCAAGAUCGAGGUCAACAGGAUAAUCUGUGAGUCAUAUGAUAAAAAAUUCGAAUACUUCACCUUUAUCUGAAUUUUGUGCUGAUGUUGUUGUUCAGAAUAACAAUAAAAGCUCCAUAACUAAACCAUCCAGCUGAGAGAACAAAACUUCACUGAAAUCAUCUACCUGAGCUGCAAGUCUUCUCCAACAUCCCUGUUUAGACAUUACUUGUUUAUGUUUUCAGCUGCCAGGAUUUUCAACAAAUGCAAAUUCAAAUGUUUACAAAAUAUCUGUACAAAUUAACCAUUCGAUACAAAAUCAAAUAAAAGCUUUUUAGGUAUAUCUUUAUAUUAUCAAUCGCAUCGUACAAUUGGAAUGCUUUUUCUAAUUAUCACUACAAAAUUACAUAAUGUUGCUGUCCAUCGUUAAAUUCAUACGUAAUCCGUAUACUUCACAUACCUUUUCUAAUUAAAAGUGAACAAAAUUUAAAUCAAAAACAGUGACUUAAUGACAAUUAAUGAUCGACUGCUUUGAUUACUCGACGGAUUUCUACUUAUCAUGAUAGAGUUUCUUUUACCUGGAAUCCCUUUUAAUUUAUGAACUAGACAAUAUUAGGGGUUAGUGAUAAGCAAUUAGCUACCAUGGUUCUUAGAAAGUUUAGCCUAUCUGAGCUUUCGUACAUUAUUAAAAAGUCUAAAUCUACUCAGCUACAACGUAGGACAAGGCAAUUACAUGCAUCGGCCCAAGUUGCCACACCUCAUUAGCACAACAAGAUGAACACCAAAUUCAUAAAAGUAGUCCCCUCAAUGGUAUUAAUGUAUAAAACAGGGGUUGUGUGUAUGGAUAUAUUACGUGAAGAAAGACUUAAUUCAUAGAAAGAUAUAAAGCAAUUACCAAA